UUGAUUUUACUUCUGAAAUAUUUUUCUUCCUCUGCCAACAAAACACGAAUUUUUCAUCGUCUUUUAAAAAAAUGGUUGAAGACACAAAUGUACAAGAAAAUACUGAAAGUUCAGUUGAAAAUGAACAAACAACUAUCCCAGAAGCACCUAAAGUUUUCACUUUGGAGAUUCUUCACAUGAUCAAGGAUUCUCAACAACAGCAUGGUCUGCGUCAUGGAGAUUUCCAACGUUAUCGUGGUUAUUGCACCAGACGCAUCCGCCGUCUCAGGAAAGCAUUGAAAUUCCCACAGGGAGACAAGAGACACUUCAAGCGUCGUGAUGUGACUGUUGCCAACUUGACUGGGAAACAUGCUGACGAAAAGUACAUUCAUAUUCCAUUGAUAUCCGCUGAGCGUGCUUGGGCUUAUGCCAUGCAGCUUCGUCAAGAAUCCAACACAGAAGUAAGAAAGAAGUUCCAUCUGGUGAACAAGCUACGCAGAGCUUGUUUCUAUGCCCUCCAGCUGCAGGAACUGUGCAAUAGCGACUCAUUUGAUGCCAGGACUAAGCUGGAAUGUGAAGCCUACGUCGCAUGGAUGCAUGGAACUCUGCAUUUUGAGUUGUCAUUGUGGAAGACAGCUGGCGAGCACUUCAAGAAGGCUCAAGUCGUCUAUGAGAAUCUCGCCCAGGCUCUGCCUGAAGACGAGCAGGCACUCUACAAGGCCAAGGUCGAUGAGUUGACCCCAUCGCUGCGCUACUGCGCCUACAACAUUGGCGACGGAACUUCUAUGGAUGAUUUGUUGGAAAUGCGUGCCAAGGGACUCCUCGAAAACCUCGACCAUCUUGUGAAUCAAACCAAGAACGAGAGCAGUGAGGGAUUGCAAACCAUUGAGUGGCGCAGUCGUAAGGUUACAGUUCGUCCUGAAAAGGUGCGUUUGUUCCUAUUAAGUGUCCAGGAGCUGGACAAGAGUCUCGAGAAGGCUAAGACUCCCGAGGCUAAGAUUGAACUCAUCGAAAACACUCUCAUGGAUUGCAAGGACGCUAUCACAGCCGUCAAAGAGGAGAUCAAACAAGAUCCCAAACUGCGGUCGGUCACUACUGGCCAGACAGUCACUGGAAUUCAAUAUCUCUUGGCUUAUCUGUCGUACAUUCGGCUAAGUCGCACUUUGGAGCGGAAUAUGUGUCUUGUUGAACAGGCCAGGUCGAGCUUUGAAGACCCUAACCAAGCCAAACCCAAGACUAACACCGAGGGAAAACGCGUACGUCCACAGGACCUCACUAGACUGUUUGAGAUUAUCCUCCAGAACAUUACAGAAAUGCAGCAAAUCUCUGGAAUGGAAGAUGAUUCCAAGUAUCAGAAAGAAAUCGAGAGUCUUGCUUUGGGAUUCAAGGCAUUCCGUUGCUACUACAUUGCCCUCACCUUAGUCGACAUGAAGAAAUGGAAAGAAGCCGUGGCUCUCUACGAACGUUCCAUGAAAUAUGCCUCCGAAGCCAUGAAGUCCAACCCACCCAAACAAUACAAUUUGAGUGCCGAUUUGCCAAAACUGAUUUCCACCAUCGAUGGAUGUAAAUUCUCUGCUCAUGCAUACAGUGUCCUUGAGGAUGAUAAUUCUGAGGAUUCCAUUUUCACAUCGAAAGCACAGAAAUCAACGAAACCUCUAUACGAACGUUUGUCCCAGUACAAGGAAGAUCAAUCGCUAAAUACAAAGAAUCCAAAUGUAUUCAAGUUGACUCCAGAAAUGCAACCUAUUCCAUGCAAACCUUUAUUCUUCGAUUUGGCGUUGAAUUAUGUAGAAUUGCCAUCUUUGGAUGAUAAAUUGGCAUCACCUGGCAAAAAGGGUGCCGCAUCGAUUUCUGGGUUUGUCAAGGGAUUCCUUGGUUGGGGUGGCAAUAAGUAAAGGACAGAAUGAAAGGAAAAUUCUUUGGAUCAAUUCGAUAAUCCAAAGAAUUGGAUGGAAUUGGUAUUUUUUUAAAUAAUUAUUUUUUUCGUUUAAAAUUUGUAUUUUAAUAUUUUCAUCAAAAAGAUUUUGCAUUGUUGCAAUUUAUAGAAAUAAAAGUCAAUGCAUUUAAAAGAAGUA